AUGCAGGCCACCGGGAGCGUGACCUGGGUCGUCGGCGCCCAGGCGUCCGUCUUGGGGAGAUGCAGCGGCGGGGUGCCCUACCCUUCGUCGUCGUCUUCUGCUUCCUCUGGUAGGUCCCAGGGGCUCGGCACGGUGCGGUGCUGCGUGCAGGCGCAGGAGAAGAAGCCACGGGUGAGGAAGACCAAGGAGGAGCGGAGGGAGAUGGUCGAGUCCUUCGUUGACAUGUAUCGGGUUUCAAACAACGGGAAAUUUCCUUCAGUCAAUCUUACACACAAGGAAGUUGGAGGAUCAUAUUAUAUAGUCCGUGAAAUUAUGAGAGAUAUCAUCCAAGAGAACAGAGUUCUUGGCCCUGGUGACUUGAAUGCUAAGACGUUGAGUUUUCAGGAUUGCCCUGAUUCUUCAGAAUUAUCAAAUAGGCAUGAAUUGGGCCAAGACAACAUAGAGAUAUUAGAUAUGUCUGAUGGGUAUCAUGGCAACAAAGAUUAUGUGCUGGAAAUGUCUGACAAGGAUGAAGCAUUUUCAUUGCAAACGAACUUCAUCAGCACUCAACAGUUACUGACCUCAUCUGAUAUCUUGGAAUCUGGUAUUCUGAACAGUGUACUCCAAAAUGGGAAUGUAGCAGAUGCAACAUGCUUGGAGCCAAACCUUGAGAAACAAGACGAAGCCUUGCGUGGGAAACCAAGGGAGUCUCAGACUAAUAGUUCUGAGAUGCAAGCCCCAUCUCUUGCUCAUGUUUCUGAUUUGCAUAAGGAAAUUGAGGUCACCAAUGCAGGGGAUGAGCAUGAGGAAACAACCAGUAGCAUCACUGAUGAAGUCACUCUUUCCCCAGAACGUAGUGUUGUUUCUCAAACAAAUGGUGCACUUCUACAUGAGCAUGUGACAUCACCUGACGAAUGUGGUGUCACAACUAAUACUGCUGUUGAUGAGGCUAUUGUUUUCUCAGAAAAUAAUGGCGUUCUUCAGACAGAUCAGAUCCUUAUACAGGAGCAUGAGAUAGUACCUGAAACAUCAAGUAUCGAGACAGAAGUUGUUCAGGUUGCAGAUGGCCAAUUUAGAUCUGCAACACCUGCAACUCAAAUGGAUGCUUAUACCUCGAAUACAAGUGCAGCAACAAUAGAAUCAGCUGUGUCCAUUGAUCAUCAUGAUGUGGUUGAGCGACCACUGCUUGGUGCCAGCCCUAACGAACAACGAAAGCCAGAAGAUCUUGCCUCUCGACCAGCAAUGGAUACAAAGGGUUUUCUGCAAAAGGAAUACAACCACAACACGGUAGAGAAAGAUGUAAGUGAAAUCAAGAAAUCGGUAUCUGGCAUCACAGAAGAAGAGCGUGAGGCAAGCAAGGCUAAUCAUGAACAUGGGAUAAGUGCGACAACAACGAUCGGCAGGAGAACUGGGAAGGAACAGCAGAAGAAAGAGGACAACCUAUUUUGGCUUAUCGUAAGGGCAUUUGUUGUUUCUAUGUCCAAGUUGUGGGCAAAAUGA